AUGAAAUAUAAGAUGUUAAUAAUAAAAUCAACAAAAAAAUGGAAAAAUUUAAAAUAUAGACUAUUUUCUAACAUUAAAUUUGAAGAAAAUGUAUCAUGUUUCAAAAAAAAUAAAUCUAAAUUUGAAAAAAACAUAAAAUUUAGAGAAGAACUAUAUAAAUAUCAUUACGAACAAUAUAUAGAUAAUGUAAAUUCAAGACCUGAUUUAUACUUAAAAGAUUCAGAAGAUAAUAAUAUUCAUGAUAAAAGGUUAAAAAGAAAUAUUCCUUUUGUUUAUAGUAACGAAGUUAAAAAUUUAGAAGAAUUAAAAAAAAAUCCUCUUACUCUUGUUAAUGUAAAAAAUAUGAAUGAUGAAUCUUUUGGUGUUGCAACUUUUAAUCCUUACUCAUUAAUUAGUGCAAGAAUAAUAAAUCAGAAUUCUAUGUUUUCAAUAAAUAUAAAUUUUUUUAUAGAAAAAAUAAAAAACUCUUUGCUUUGGAGAAAUAAAAUUUCGAAAAAUGAAACAGAUAAUAUUAUCAGUUCUACUAAUCAUAAUGUUAUGUUAAAUACUAACUCAACUAUUUCUACUGCUAGUGAUGAUAAUAAUAAUGCUAACGAAAAUAUCCAUGAAUAUCCAAUAUUAAAUAGUAGUUAUUGUUAUCGUUUAAUAAAUAGUGAAGGUGAUAAUAUUCCAGGUUUAAUAAUUGAUCGAUAUGAUGAAUAUAUUAGUGUACAACAUUUAACACUUGGGUGUGAAAUGUUAGCUUGCAAUAUUAAUGAUGCUAUUAUUGAAUUGUUAAAACCAAAAGGUAUAAUAUUCCGAAAUGAUAAUAAAGAAAGAUUAAAUGAGAAACUAGAAAUAUAUAAAAAAGUUAUUUAUGGAAAAGUACCAGAUAAAGUAACAAUGAUUGAAAAUAACUGCUCUUUUUUUAUAGAUUUAAUUAAUUCUCCAAAUACGGGAUGGUUUUUUAAUAGAAAAAAUUUAAGAAAUUACAUAUGCCACUAUUCUUAUCAAAAAAAUGUUUUGGAUCUUUUCUCAUAUGUUGGAUCCUUUGGAAUCCAAUGUUCAAAAAUAGGGAAAGCAAAAAAAGUUGUAUGUGUUGAAAAAGAUAAAAAUUUUGUACAUCUAGCUAAAAAGUCAGCUAAUUUAAAUAAUGUAAAUAAUAUAGAUUUUAUAUGUUCUGACUCUUUAAGUUUCCUUAAAAAUUGUAAUCAAUUAUUUGACAUAAUCAUUUUAGAUCCACCUAAUUUAAUUCCUAAGUCGCAAUUCAUUGAAUCUGGUUCCAUGAGAUAUAUUAAUUUAAUUAAUUUAGCGCAAAAUUAUGUUACACCAAACGGGUUACUACUAAUUAUCUUUACCACAAAAUUAUGCUCUUAUCAGGAUUAUAUCAAUAUAAUUAAUAAAUCUUUUAUUAAUACCAAUAAAACUGUUAAAAUUGUUGGACAAGGACGUUCUUCACCUGAUAAUCCUGUUAAUUUAUCUCUUUAUCUAUUUUCUGAUUUUUAUUGGUUUAUUUUACAAUUAACAUACUGA